UCCCCCUAUGCCCCCCCCGGGGCCGCCCUGCCCCUGAGCCCCGGAGCAGCGGCCCUUUUCCUGGCGGUGGUGGCGCAGGUGUGGGACCAGAAAGAUGUUCUCAGCCCUGAAGAAGCUGGUGGGCUCGGACCAGGCUCCGGUCAGAGACAAGAAUAUCCCUGCGGGGCUGCAGUCCAUGAACCAGGCUCUGCAGAGGAGGUUUGCCAAGGGAGUCCAGUAUAACAUGAAAAUUGUCAUCCGAGGGGACAGGAACACUGGGAAAACCACACUCUGGCACCGACUGCAGGGAAAGAAAUUUAUUGAGGAAUAUAUUCCAACUCAGGAGAUCCAAGUCACCAGCAUCCACUGGAAUUAUAAAACCACUGACGAUAUUGUUAAAGUUGAAGUCUGGGAUGUAGUUGACAAAGGAAAAUGCAAAAAACGAGGAGAUGGUUUGAAACUGGAAAAUGACCCUCAGGAGGCAGAGUCGGAAAUGGCUCUGGAUGCAGAGUUCCUGGAUGUCUAUAAAAACUGCAAUGGUGUAGUGAUGAUGUUUGACAUCACCAAACAGUGGACAUUUAACUACAUUCUGAGGGAGCUUCCUAAAGUGCCGACUCACGUUCCAGUGUGCGUGCUUGGGAAUUACCGAGACAUGGGGGAGCACAGGGUCAUUCUGCCUGGCGAUGUGCGGGACCUCAUCGACAAUUUAAACAGGCCUCCCGGCUCCUCAUAUUUUCGCUAUGCUGAGUCUUCCAUGAAGAACAGCUUUGGCCUCAAGUACCUGCACAAGUUCUUCAACAUCCCCUUCUUGCAGCUGCAGAGGGAGACGUUGCUACGGCAGCUGGAGACGAAUCAGCUGGAUAUUGAUGCAACUUUGGAGGAGCUGUCAGUGCAGCAAGAGACAGAAGAUCAAAACUACGAACUCUUCCUUGAAAUGAUGGAAGCCCGAAGUCGAGGACACACGUCGCCACUAACAACUAACGGGCAAAGCCCUUCCUCUGGCUCCCAGUCACCCAUAGUACCGCCGAGCUCCACGUCGACGGGCAGCUCCAGCCCUGGCACCCCACAGCUGCCCCAGCCGCUUUCCACAAGCUCCGCCAUCUCUCCUGAACCCCCCUCAUCUUUUUCACCAGUGCCUGCACCCGAGGCCCAGCAGCCACACGCGCCUCCACCAGCUACAGCCUCCCCAGCACCUCCAGCUGCAGUCCUGCCACCGAAGCGCAGCAUUAUUUCACGUCUGUUUGGGACGUCUCCUGCAUCAGACCCCUCUCCUCCCCAGCCAGAUGCUGCUGCUGCCACUCCUCCUCCCCACCCUGAAGCCCCUGCAAAAGUACAGAGUGUGGAGGACUUUGUUCCCGAUGACAGCCUGGACCACAGCUUUCUAGAAGACCCAGCCCCACAGAAGGUCAAAGGGAAACCACAGACUAAACGCCGUGUCGAUAGUGAAAGGUAA